AUGGGGUUCCCGUCAGUGUGCUACUGCGUCAUCCUGCCGCAGCCGCUCAUCCUCGUGCUGCAGCUGCUCGACUUCCUCCGCCACGCGGUCCUGUUCUGCCUCUCCUCGCUCGGCCUCGCGGCGCCGCCGGCGGCCGACGACCACCCGGCCUACGCGCCGCCGCCGGACCUCUGGGCCUUGGCGGAGGCGGCGGCGCCCUCGUCCUCUUUAUCCCUGGCGUCCGGGCCAGCGCCCGCGCCGGCGGCCAUCAAGGCGCGCCUCCCCGCCGUCCGGUACGCCGACCUCAAGAGCCGCCGCUGCGCCGCCGGGGCCGCGGCGGCGUCGACCUGCUGCGCCGUGUGCCUGGGCGCGCUCGAGGCGCGGCACCGCGUCCGCGAGCUUGGCAACUGCGCGCACGCCUUCCACAAGGCCUGCAUAGACAAGUGGGUCGACAAGGGUCAGGCCACUUGCCCCAUCUGCCGCGCGCUCCUCCUCCCCGCCGACGCCGACGCUGGCAAGCUGCCCUCUUUUUCCUUCUGA